AUGGAUCCAGUAGCAGCACAUGGGCGUCCACUGCCUCCUUCUUUUCUUUCUAGAGAUCUCCACUUACAUCCUCACCACCAAUUCCAGCACCACCUCCACCACAACAACCACAAUUCCGAAGACGAGCAGAACAGCAGUGGUGGAGGAGGCCUAAUUAGCCGCGGCAUCAAGCGCGAUCGUGAUGAGAACACCUCCGCCGCCACCACCUCCUUGGAAGGUAAGGAACUGGGCUCCACCAGUGCCGGGGAGGGCGAGAUCACGAGGAGACCCCGGGGCCGCCCCGCGGGCUCCAAGAACAAGGCCAAGCCCCCCAUCAUCAUAACCCGGGACAGCGCCAAUGCUCUCCGAUCCCACGUCAUGGAAGUCGCCAACGGCUGCGAUAUCAUGGACAGUGUCUCCACUUUCGCCAGGCGCAGGCAAAGAGGAGUUUGCAUCCUCAGCGGCAGCGGAACCGUCACUAAUGUCACUAUAAGACAACCGGCCUCCCCGGGAUCUGUGGUCACCUUACACGGCAGGUUUGAAAUUCUGUCGCUUUCUGGGUCCUUUUUGCCCCCUCCUGCCCCUCCCGCUGCUUCAGGUUUAACUAUAUACCUGGCCGGCGUGCAGGGCCAGGUGGUUGGGGGCGGGGUUGUGGGCCCGCUCCUGGCAUCGGGCCCGGUGGUGAUCAUGGCAGCGUCUUUUGGUAAUGCAGCUUAUGAGAGGCUGCCUCUGGAGGAGGAGGAGGAGCCUGCUGCCGCAGGGCAGGUGCCGGGAAGCGGACCCCUCGGGUCUCCCGGAGUUGGAGGGCAAGAACAUCAACAGCAGUCGAUUCAGCAGCAGCAGCAACAACAACAGCAACUCUUGCAAGAUCCUAAUGCACCGUCGCUUUUUCAUGGGAUGCCGCAAAGUCUACUAAAUUCAUGCCAAUUGCCUGCUGAGGGAUAUUGGGGCACAGCACGCCCUCCUUAUUGA